CCAGGACAGAGGUAUCAGAAGGACCCUUGCACGACAUGUGUCUGUGAUGAAAACAACGAGAUCUUUUGUAGUAGCAUCCAGUGUGGCUGGCCACGGUGUCAAUUCAACGUUCGACCUGUUACAAAACCUGGCAAUUGUUGCCCCUCGUGCCCAGCAGUCUAG